AUGCCAUGGAAUAACAGUAAAAACGACCCUUACAGUAAUAUGAGCCACCCGGAUGAAGAGAGUGGUUAUCCUAUGGAGGAUAUUGGCAACCAGGACGUGACACGUGACCAGCUUAAUCCCAAUGUGGGUUUUCCAAUCUUUACGAGCAAGAACAUCAGUGAUGGAGCUGAAACGAAUAAUGAUGGAAAAACGGGCGAUGGCAGAUUUCUUUCGCCUGCAGCACAGGAACUUGAGAAGGACUUUGACCAAGAGUUCGACAAGGACAUUACCGAACACCAGGGUCGAACAGAGAAUAUAUUUGGAGGCAAAUUUCAAUCACGAGAACAUCUUCCGGAUUCGGAAAUGAUCACCAGUGAUGACUCCUCGUGGGCGUUAGACUCCUCGAUCGAUGGAAAUAAUACAACAGAUAUCAAUAAUGAUUUGACUCAGCAGCCCAACCCCAGAUCGUCCGGAAAGGAAUUUAUAUCAGAAGGACUUGAGCCGGCCGAGCCCGCACAGCCGCACCAGGACAAAUCCGAGUCAUCUGUUUUCACGAGAGUCAAAUCUGCUCUAUCGUUUCUCGGGCGGGAGAACGGCUCUGGUUCAGCAUCCCAACACCAUACGACUGGUAAUGGCACCUCGAAUAUCGCCCAUCCAUUGGAUGUGCUAUCUCAGGCUGAAGAUGCUCCCCAGGACCCAUCUCUGUCUUGGAGCAGCUUAUCAAGAGCUGCUGAUCCAUUUAACGGGGCUACAAGUGGCCAUGGCAUGGUGGCAAAUGAUGGAUUUGCGGGAAACCGCAAGAGGCAAGAUGAUGAGGAGGCACAACUGGGCAGAAACGGAAUAGGGAGUUCUGGUUUGCCUGAGAAUUACCCUGAGGGAAGAAGAAGCACCCGCUUUCAGAAUUCCUCCACUUCGGACUCGCUAUCUCUGCAGCUGCCCAGUAGCCAGUCUUCCGCAAAUGAAGAUUGGAUCAACAUGGACAAGUUUGAUGACUUGGCCAAUCUUUCCGAAUUCGGUAUUGACAUUCCAGAAGCGACGGUGAACAAAGCUGUGCCAAAGAAGCAGGGCAUCACGACAAGCUUACUGCGUUUAUACAACCAAAGAAUGAGAAGACACUCUGCCAGCUCCAGUGACUUUGUCCCCAGUGAUGAUGAAGAAUCCACCGGAUACGCUCUGAUGGGGAGAAAUAAAAGAAGUGCCAAAUAUGGGAAGCAUGUCGGGAACAAGAAAAGCCGGAUGAUGAAGAAGUUGGCACCAAUCCGAAAGAAAAAUGACGUUCGAACCUUCACCUUGGACACUGAGGAUACUUUGAACUUAGGCCAUGAAGGUGAUCGACUGCAGCAGAAUGCCGAGCCCACCAUCAAGCUGCCAAGAUUUGGUAAAAGGCAAAGUGCAGACAAUGACACGAAUAGCCUCGAUAUUGGUGACUUGGUUUCUGCAGCCUCGACACAUCACAAUAAAGUAAAGUUUCAGCGAAACAAGAAGCAGUACAGGCACAACCGCAAGAAACACUUUGGCCGUGAGGAAACGGCAAGGAUCACUGUACAUAUAGCCGAUGUCCUCCAGCGGCAAACGUUCAUUCUAACGCUUUGUAAGGCAUUCAUGAUGUACGGGGCACCAACACAUCGUUUGGAGGAGUAUAUGUCUCUAACUGCAAGAGUUCUAGAGACAAAUGGCUCGUUCGUGUACUUUCCCGGAUGCAUGCUUGCCUCGUUUGGCGAUUUCACCAUGAGAACCAGCGAGAUGCAUCUAGUGAGAUGUGCCGAGGGUCUUGAUCUAGGAAAGCUCGACGAAAUACACGAGAUCUAUAAAAACGUAGUUCAUGACAGGGAAGGUGUGCAGGAGGCUACUUCACAGUUGAAAGACAUCAUGGAAAAAAAGCCUCGCUUCAAUGCUAUCACGCGUAUUCUUCUCUAUGCCUUUGCCUCUGCGAUGGUGGCACCGUGGGGAUUUGGUGGAUCUUGGAUAGAUCUUCCGAUAUGCUUUGGGAUAGGUGGUGUCAUCGGCUUUCUUCAAUUUGUCAUCUGUCCAAGAUCGACGUUAUACUCAUCAUUAUUCGAGGUCAUGGCCAGUAUAAUCUCCAGCUUUUUAGCCAGGGCAAUUGGAUCCAUUAGAGGUGGAUCGUUGUUUUGCUAUUCAUCUAUUGUCCAGUCUGCACUUGCCUUGAUUCUUCCAGGAUACAUCAUAUUAUGCGGAUCUUUAGAGCUACAAAGUCGAAAUCUUGUGGCUGGAGCCGUUCGAAUGUUUUACGCUUUUAUUUAUUCACUAAUGCUAUCGUUUGGUAUUACACUUGGAGCUGCUCUUUACGGCUGGAUUGACCCGAAUGCAACCUCUGUGACAACGUGUACAUCCAAUAUUAAUCCAUGGUGGCGUUUUCUCUUCGUGCCAGGAUUCACAAUUGGAAUCGCACUUGUGAAUCUGGCAUCCUGGGGACAGUUACCGGUUAUGGUCUUUGUCUCUGGGGCUGGCUAUGUCGUUUCAUACUUUUCGAGCAAGCACUUUAAGAAUGAGACAGAACUCACUGCCACAUUUGGCUGCUUCAUCAUCGGAUUGGUCAGCAACGCGUACUCGAGAUUAAUGAAAUCCGUCAGCAAGUAUCUUACCAAAAGUGCUUUUAUGACAAUGUCACUUAUGCUUCCAGGAAUAUUUGUUCAGGUGCCAUCGGGCAUAGCUUCACAGGGAUCGGUGCUUGUGGGAAUUUCUGCAGCAAACAGUAUUGUGGGCUCAAAUUCGACAAAUUCGACAUCUUCACAAAGCACCAGUACAACAUACCUCGGCUCCCUUUCCUUUGGUAUGGUCAUGAUAGAGGUCGCUUUGGGAAUUAGUGUUGGUCUUUAUCUUGCGACAAUUGUCGUCUAUCCGUUCGGUAAGAAGCGUACUGGAUUAUUUACUUUAUAG